CUGCCGACACAUUCGUUUUGUCGUGACAAGGUGAAGAAGAUCCAAAAGAAAACUGUCAAUCCGAAAGAAACUGAGAACAAAGAUGGAGGCAAUAGGAACAUUGCGGCACAUAUAUUCACAUUUAGGGAACUUGCGGCGGCCACAAAGAAUUUCCGGCAAGAAUGUCUGCUCGGUGAAGGUGGCUUCGGCCGCGUUUACAAGGGUUAUUUGGAGAAUACAGGACAGAUUGUAGCAGUGAAGCAACUAGACCGCAAUGGGUUGCAAGGAAACAGAGAAUUCCUGGUGGAAGUGUUGAUGCUAAGCCUUCUGCACCAUCAACAUCUUGUCAACCUAAUUGGCUACUGUGCUGAUGGAGAUCAGCGGCUUCUCGUUUAUGAAUUCAUGGCUUUGGGUUCCCUUGAAGACCAUCUUCUUGAUAUUCCACCAAACCAAGCUCCAUUGGAGUGGUCGAUCAGAAUGAAAAUCGCAUUACAUGCUGCCAAAGGUUUGGAGUAUUUACACGAAAAAGCCAACCCGCCUGUCAUCUACCGUGACUUGAAGUCUUCAAACAUUCUAAUAGAUGAGAAAUACAAUGCCAAGCUCUCUGAUUUUGGGUUAGCCAAGCUUGGGCCUAUGGGGGGAAAGAGUCAUGUAUCUACAAGAGUAAUGGGGACGUAUGGUUAUUGUGCUCCUGAAUACCAAAGGACAGGUCAGUUAACUGUCAAAUCCGAUGUUUAUACUUUUGGAGUUGUGUUGCUUGAGCUCAUCACAGGAAAGAGAGCCAUCUUUACAACCAAAUGUGGCAAUGAUCAAAUGCUAGUCAAAUGGGCCGAGCCGAUCACCCAAGAUCCAAGUAGGCAUUCGGAAUUGGCUGAUCCCAAUCUGAAAGGGAACUUUCCAAAGAAAGGGUUAUCCCAAGCAGUUGCAGUGGCAGUAAUGUGCCUGAAUGAAGAUCCAGCCUUAAGGCCAAUGAUGAGUGAUGUGGUCACUGCUCUUAGCUAUCUUUGGGUUGAACCAGCUGAGUUGGGUUUAGAUUCUUCACCAACUCUCUGCAUAUAGUACUGCCCCUGGUUGCCCUAUCCUUUAACAUAUAGCUUGGUGCAUCAGAGACCUUGGCUUGAUGGUUUUUCUCAAACACCUUUUUCCAUAAGUUUCUAAUUUCAAAUGUUCGGGUAAAGUGCAGUGUAAAUACUCCGAUUUGAUAAACUAUUGAUGACAGAAGCAUCGAAGCAUACAACAAGUGAAUGAGGCAAUCUCAUAUUGUUCAUGAUUUCUUCUUCUUCAUGCGAUGCUUCUUACCAGCAAGAUAUUAUACGACAUUCAAGUCUAAU